ACCACAUGAGGGGAGAGGAAGUUAAGCUGCGUAUUUGACAUGCUUUCAUUUGGUGUUCUGCUGAUCUUCAACCAAGGCAGCCUGAUGCAAAUGCUAAUAAUUCUGCAUGAUGAUCAUAAUUUCAAUGAAACUUCUGUUGACAGUGUGUUUUGGCUGCUUGGCUACAGACCUCAAUAAUUUAAGAGUCAUCCAAACACCAACAAAUAUUAAUCUAUCAGCUGGAGACUCCACUGAAAUCACCUGCAUUUGGGAAAAAGCUGUUAAGAGAUAUAGAGCAUGCUGGUAUUUUGUUAAUAAAGUGAAUAUCACUAAAAGUAUAUCAUCAAAAGUUCUCUAUUCACCCAACAUCACCUGUGAAAACAAGGAUGUGCUUGUCAUCAAAUCUGCUAAUGUAAAUGACACUGGAUUUUACUACUGUGAGAUAAUUAUUGAAAUACCUUUCUUUAAGAAGCUGCGUGGAAAUGGGACAACAGUGAUUGUUGAAGAGAAAGCUCACUCUCUGGAAAGGAGAUAUUUGGAAGCAUGGGCCAUCCUUCCAUUUUUAGCGGCAGUGGGAAGCUUGUGUCUUUGCUACAAAAAGAAAAAGCACUCCACCCUAUCUGGUGCUGCACAGCUUCCUGUGCUGACAGCAAGGCAAGAGCAGGAGCAGGAGCAGAGACUCGAGGAGGAAGAGCUUCAUGGGAGAAAUGAAUCCACCAGAGAAGCAGCUGAGGAAAACUCAUCAUCUAAUUCUGCUGAAUGGGUGCCCCUCUGUGCUGAGUAUGGUUCAUCAGAACACAGACAGCAAACCCCCAUAGCAGCAUGCUGUGUCUUUGCUUUAUGAAUCACUUGAAAUUUUUUGCAAUGAAUCAGGAGGAAAAGAUGACAAAUCCACUGCGACUGUUGUAUCUAAUGGAGAAGAUAAGCAAAUCCCACAAACUAGGUGAAAAGUCUAGAAUGAGACAAGGAUCUGCCAUCUACCUUGACAUUCAGAACUAAACAAAAUAUGGCUAAAUAACUGUGAAACUGAAAAAUAUGAUAAUUUGCUGCUGCAAGAUGGAUUAUGUGUUUCCUGUCAUAAGCUUGCCAGUGGGACAAUACAGAAGAAAAACAGUUGGCUCUAAGCAGUUUUUGAAUGUUUUGCCACUACUAAAACAGUCUAAGGAGUCUCUGAAUUUGAAGGAUAUGCCAUUUAGAAGACUGUCUUCAGCUCUUCCUCUGGUGUCCAGGAAUGCUCUGUUUACCAUACUUUGAAAAAAACUUCUGGACUGAGCAACGUUCUCCAACACAAGCAUUUUUUCAGGAAGCCCAGGUAUCAAUGGGAGAGGAUAGAGACAAAAAUGCCUGGAGUCUGAGCUCUGAAACUGUCAUCAGUUCUGACCACAUUAUAGACAGAGAGGUAUGCCAGAAAGGAUCACAUUCCUGUUAUAUAUAAAGGGAUUGUUAGUAUUCAUUCACAAACUAGGAAAAGUCUUCCAGAGAACAAAGUCUCCUACACACAAUGACAUACUAACUUUAAAUUUUUAUAUAUAUAUAUAUAUAUAUAUAUAAUUAUUGUCUAACUGGUUGAGGAGGGUGGCUUGGAGGAGAUAGGGGUGGUAAUUCUUGUUCCACUUUUACCAGCUUUAAGACUUGUUUAAAAAUUACUGAAGAAAAACCAAAGUUGAAAAAGUUAAGGAGAACCUGACUUCCAAGGUCAGAAUACAGGGGGAAAGUAUUGGCAGCAAAGCUAAUGGCAGUUGUCCAAGGGCUGCUGAAGGCUGAGUGGAUAUCUGAAAUGUGAAUGUGUUUAUGUACCAGGAUUAUGUCAUCUUCUGUGAAUGUUUUUUUCAGAGCUUUGCUGGAGGUUAGAACAUCUUGCCAUCAGUGCAGGUAGAAAAAACUUCACUGCUCGAGAUUUUUGUCCAGCUCCUACCUGGGCAGUGCAAUAGACACAAUCUAGCUUUCCCAGAGCCCUUAAAAACUGCUUAUGUAGUCUAAAUGUGUGACUGGCUUCCUACUAAAUGCUGUUAAUGAAAUCUUUGUGGCCAUACAGCACAGCUCGUGGUGUGGCUCAGUCUGUGCUGCAGGGGCUGCAGUUCACAAAGCUACCUCUCAAAUCACUGUAACUCAGCUGGGUCUCACUCUGUGCUGUGGAUCCCCUUUCCUGGGUUGCUCUGUAACCUGCCCUGAAUUCCCUACUGCAAUAAAUAUGCUGCUGUCUGAACCAGACUGAAA